GGACGCCGGGCCGAGGCUUUUGCUAGGGAACCUCCUGUUGUCGCCCCGCCCCCUCCGGGCUUUUUGUCCCGUUAACUGUCGGAGUGGCUGGGGCUCCAGCGCCGGGCGACAUGCCGGUGCGCUUCAAGGGGUUGAGUGAAUACCAGAGAAACUUUCUGUGGAAAAAGUCGUAUUUGUCAGAGUCCUGUAAUUCCUCAGUGGGGAGAAGGUACCCAUGGGCUGGACUUAGAUCCGAUCAAUUAGGAAUCACAAAAGAGCCAAGUUUUAUUUCCAAAAGAAGAGUCCCUCACCAUGACCCACAGAUUUCAAAAUCUCUUGAGUGGAAUGGCGCUACCUCAGAGAACGCUGUGGUUGUAUCACCAGAACCCGAAGCCCCCAGAACACCAGAACCACAAGAAGCAGAACAAAAAGAAGAUGUUAACCAAGAAAGGGUUCUUGCACUAGAUGCCUCCAGGGUUCCCAAGAGAACCAGAUCUCACUCUGCAGACUCCAGAGCUGAAGGGGCUUCAGAUAUUGUGGAAAGUAAGGAGGAUAUAGUAGCAAAUCAUGUACCAGUUAAUGAAAAUGUGGAGCUGGAACAUUCUACCAAGCUUCUUUCAGAAAACAUAGAUGGUGGGUUGGAUAGACUUCUACAGAAAAAAGCUGGACUGACUGUUGUUCCUUCACAUAAUGUCUUGAGAAAUUCUGAAUAUCAAAGGCAGUUUGUUUGGAAGACCCCUAAAGAAACUGCUUCAGCUUUUGCAGCCAAUCAGGUUUUCCACAAUAAAAGCAAAUUUGUUCCACAAUUCAAAGGUAACUCAGUCAUCCAUGAAACUGAAUACAAAAGAAAUUUUAAGGGUUUAUCUCCAGUGAAAGAACCAAAACAAAGAAAUCAUUUGAAGGAGAACGGAAAUUUUGAAACAAUAUCUCCUGAAAAGAAGUAUAAUAAAACAGAUGAUCCUUUAAAAUUAGAAGCAGAGAUGGAAUCAAAAGACUUAAACCAGCCUAAAAAGAAACUUACUCCUUGGAGACAUCAAAGGCUUGGGAAGGUGAAUUCUGAAUAUAGAGCAAAAUUUCUGAGCCCAGCCCAAUAUUUAUAUAAAGCUGGGACUUGGACACGGGUGAAGGAAAACAUACCAAAUCAGGGUUCUCUAAAUGCCAUGUGGUAUGCGGAGGUUAAAGAACUCCGAGAGAAGGCUGAGUUUUAUAGGAAACGAGUUCAGGGAACUCAUUUUUCUCGGGACCAUCUGAAUCAGAUUCUGUCUGAAAACAACCGCUGUUGGGAUGUCUCCUCGACCACGAGCUCAGAAGGAACCAUUAGUAGCAACAUUAGAGCACUAGAUCUUGCUGGAGAUCCUACAAGCCAUAAGACUUUGCAGAAAUGUCCUUCUACAAAACUGGAAGAAAAAAGACCUAUCUUGGAAGAACAGCCCCAGAAAACUACCACAGAGAAAUUGGGUGUGUCAGAUGCUCCCAUACCUGUUAGAAGGCGUCUGGCUUGGGAUGCAGAGAACACCACUGAAGACACACAGAAACAGCCAAGAGAGGAGGAGGAAGAGGAGGAAAGGGACAAGCAGGUUAAUGUGGGAGAGCUAGAGAAGUUGGAAGUACAGGAAAAAUCUAAAGCAGACAAGAUAAAAGAAGGGUCGGAGUCGUCUUCUGUGUCCUCAGGAAAAGGAGGCAGGCUUCCUACUCCAAAGCUAAGAGAACUUGGUGGAAUCCAGAGGACUCAUCACGAUCUUACCACUCCAGCUGUUGGUGGUGCUGUUUUAGUGUCUCCAUCUAAAAUGAAGCCUUCAGUUGCAGAACAGAGAAAAAGAAUGUCCUCUCAGGAUGGCUUAGAAACUUUGAAGAAUGAUUUUAGGAAGAAAGAAAGCCGUGCUAUACCCCUCCUGACUUCUCCAGCUGCUGGUCUAAAAACAAUUGAUCCCUUGCCUUUGAGGGAAGAUUCUGAACCCAAUAUCCCCAAAUUUGCUGAGACAACUCUUCCAGUUUCAAAAAUUCCAGAAAAUCCAACUAACACACCUGGGCAGUCUCCAUCUCCACCCUGUGCCCCAUCCUACUGGCAUCCUUCUCGUCGAAUUCAGGGCUCCCUGAGAGAUCCAGAAUUUCAGCAUAAUGUGGGAAAAUCAAGGAUGAACAAUUUCCAGUUACCUCAGCAAGAAGCCUUUAAUGAUGAAGAUGAGGACAGAUUAUCUGAGAUUUCUGCUCGCUCUGCAGCUUCUAGUCUCCGGGCUUUUCAAACUCUGGCACGAGCUCAGAGAAGGAAGGAGAAUUUCUGGGGCAAAACAUAAUUAGACAUAUACCUAGUUAAGUUGCUUUUAUCUAGGGGAACCACUGGCAUAAUCUUCUUUAUUGCUUUACUAUGUUAAGACUGCAAGUGUUUGGAUUUUUUCUAACAUUUCCUACCUAAAAAGAAUUGUUUGAUUUUUCAAUAGCCAAUUCAAUUUACUUGGAAAAUUUUUAACAUAGGUUCAUAAAAAUUUAACUUUUGAAGAAUUCGUUUUGCAUCUGUCCCAAAGUACAAAGACAUAGAGUAUAUAGUUCUUCACAUGUUCUAACUUGUAUUAGGUGUCAGGGGUAGCUGGUAGAAUUGUGAAUUUCACCUAUCCAGAGAAUAUUCUUAAAAAUGAAUAAAGUGAAGUAAAAAUUAAGAUAUAAGUGUGAACUAUACAUUCCCCCCAAGAUUGGCUAUAUGUAUGUUUACAGUUGUAGAUGUCAUAAAAUGAAUUUGUUGUUCCUUUAACUUUUUUUUUUUUUUGCGGUACGUGGGCUGUUGUGGCCUCUCCCGUUGCGGAGCACAGGCUCCGGAUGCACAGGCUCAGCGGCCAUGGCUCACGGGCCCAGCCGCUCCGCGGCAUGUGGGAUCUUCCCAGACCGGGGCACAAACCCGUGUCCCCUGCAUCGGCAGGUGGUCUCUCAACCACUGCGCCACCAGGGAAACCGGUUCCUUUAACUUUUGCUGUGGUGUUUAUUUUUAUUUUAGUACUUUCUGUAUAUGGUUACAGUGUUAAAAUAAUUGUUCUUUAGAUUGAAAAUACCAGCUUUUGUAUAUACUUUUCUUAUUUAUGUAACAAAGUUUGCUGAGAGAAUAUGUAUAU